AUGGAGCCUGUCAGUAUUGUGAUUACUGGCUUUAUUUGCCUAGUUGCGGUCGUGUACUGGUUCGUGAACAGCAAGCACAACUACUGGAGGGAUCGAGGUGUUGCGUAUGCUCCGGAUCCGAACUUUUUCUACGGGCACGUGAAGGGACAGGGCCAAACGAUACAUGGAGCCACGAUCAACCAGAAGAUGUAUCAACAUUUUAAGCAGCGUGGUGAGCCAUACGGAGGUAUGAGCAUAUUCCUAAUGCCCUCAUUGGUUGUGGUCGAUCCGGAGCUGGUCAAGACCAUCCUGGUGAAGGAUUUCAACGUAUUUCACGAUCGCGGAGUGUUUCACAACGCAAAAGACGACCCACUGUCGGCUAAUUUGUUCAAUAUGGAAGGUAACCCUUGGCGACUGUUGCGUCAGAAGCUUACGCCGACGUUCACCUCCGGGCGCAUGAAGCAAAUGUUCGGUACGAUCUGGGAUGUGGCGCGUGAGCUGGAGCAGUACAUGGAGGAGAACCACCGUCAGCCGGAGGUGGAGAUGAAAGACAUCCUGGGACGGUUUACCACCGACGUGAUCGGGACGUGCGCUUUUGGCAUCGAGUGCAACACGCUCAAGGCACCUGAUUCAGAGUUCCGCAAGUACGGGCUCAAGGCACUCGAGUUGGACUUGGUGACGUUGACAAAAUUCAUCUUUGCCUCGUCGUACCCGAAUGUUGCCAAGAAGUUGGGGAUGCGAAUUGUGUUCAGGGACGUAGAAGAAUUUUUCAUGAACAUCGUCCGUGAGACGGUUAACUACCGUGAAACGAACAAUAUACAACGGAAUGACUUCAUGAACCUGCUGCUGCAGAUCAAGAACAUGGGAAAGUUGGACGACACAGCGGCAAAUGUCGGCAAGGGUGAAAUCGGUAUGACACAGACCGAGCUGGCGGCGCAGGUGUUUAUCUUCUUCCUGGCCGGCUUCGAGACGUCCUCGACAACGCAGAGUUUCUGUCUGUACGAGUUGGCGAAGAACCCGGACAUUCAGGAGCGCCUUCGGGAGGAAAUCAAUAGUGCCAUUGAUGCGAACGGUGGCGAGGUGACAUACGACACGGUUAUGAACAUUCAAUACCUCGACCAAGUGAUCAAUGAAACUCUUCGGAAAUAUCCACCAGUUGAUACACUGACUCGCAAACCUGCACGGGAUUACGUGAUUCCUGGAACUAAGCACGUUUUGCCGGAAGGAAUGAUAGUGCAGAUUCCAGUCUACGCCAUCCAGCGUGACCCGGACCACUACCCUGAUCCUGAUCGGUUUGAUCCGGAUCGGUUUCUGCCGGAAGAAGUGAAGAAGCGUCACCCGUACGUGUUCUUGCCGUUCGGCGAAGGACCAAGGAUUUGCAUUGGAUUGCGGUUUGGGGUGAUGCAGACGAAAGUGGGCUUGAUUACAUUGCUGCGUAAAUUCCGCUUCUCACCCUCCGCUCGCACACCCGAUCAGGUCGAAUUCGAUCCACGGUCAUUCACUUUGUCUCCUACAGGAGGAAACUAUUUGAAGGUAGAAAAAGUAUAA